AUGCCGCGACCGUUGAGGCAUAGCAACAACCAAAAUGGCUAUGACGAAGAUUACUCAGAUGAUGCCGAUGAGGAUGGACUUACUAGUACACAGAUACAAGAAGCUGACUACCUGAACUCAUUAGCUGCCGAGGCCGAUCCCUCUCAACAAUUCGCUAAACGUGCGUCUCUGCGGGAAGCGUAUCAUGAGAUUUGUAGUCAAUUUGCAGGUGACGUUGAAAGAAAGGAAAGUGCUCAUCUGAUUGAGCAUCUCGGAAAGUCUCUCGAGGAUGUUGAUCGCUCCUACCAGAGUGUGGGUGCAGGAGGAAAGGAGCUCGCAGCUGACGCAGACUCGUUGUUGUCAAUGGCAAACGUUCUACUUGAACAAAUGAAGUCAUUUCGAAGUUCACACUCGGAAAGGAUUGUUACAGCCACGUCUUUCGCGGACGCACUGAUGUCAUUUCUAAGCUCUGUGUCAUUAACUCCCACCACAGCGGUCUUUGAUGGCGACGAAAAUCCAUUACUAAAAGACGAUGAAGAUAUUGAUCCAUCGAGAUCCCCAUCAUGUUCGAAUGUAACGCAGAGUGUAGCCAGUCAGCGUAUGUCUUUAAGUGCACCUAAGAUAAGUCGUGAUCAGUGGGCUUGGAUUGGUCGUCAAGAUCUUGGAACGUUAACCUAUGAUGUGUCUUUCAAUUACCAGUCUCUGCGUUCGGUUGUCUCAUAUGAUACUACGCCAUCGCAGGUUGCGAAGAAAGAACGCUUGAGAAGAGGCAAGGAUACUCAAGAGGCCGCAGUUGUGCUUUCUUCGAAGCAGACUGUAAGCAUCGACAAUGAAGUUUCCGUUGCUCAAGAGUUGGACAAGGUACGAAAGGCGUUGAAGGCAGCCUGGAGAGAGAAACCGUCUGUAGACUUUUUCUCAUUCGUCAUCGAUCCUGAUGAUUUCUCCAAAUCGGUGGAAAAUAUGUUUUACGUCUCUUUCCUCGUCAAAGAUGGACGAGUUCGCUUGGAAGUUGGCGAGGAUGGCCUGCCCGUGUUGUUACACGUUUCAAAUGAAGAACGUCAGAGAUUGCACGUAGACGACAGGUCGGCUGCAGUUACGAAUCAGGCCAUAAUAUCGUUCACUUACGAGAUGUGGGAGGAAAUGGUGGAAGCAAUGCGUGCGCGGGAAUCGCUGAGUAACAACACUUGA